UUCUUCAUUAUUUCCUUGCAGGCUCAUAUCUUUGACAGUUCAGAGGUAAUCUGCUAAUUGAUUGAAUAAUUUGUUGACAAGGUUACACGGUCAAGAACUAUGAUUGUCAUAAUUAUUAAUUAAUUGUCAAAUUUUUUUUGACUUCUUCUUCAUACCUUGUUAUUCUGACCAGUCCUGUUUUCCAAUGUUUUAACUUUACUUGACACGCAAAAAGUGUCUGUUGAUGUUAUUCAUCUUGCAGACAGGUUUUCAUGAAACAUUAAAACUUACAGCCAAAGCUUAACCGCUAUGGAUACCUGUAUGCCAUAUGACUCAUGUCUUGUUAUUAUGCUUCUCAUCUCCACGUCUCUGGCUUAUGAAAAGGUUCAGGUGGGUUUGGUGCUGGACAUGGGUUCCAUGGAGGGGAAGAUUAUCCGAAGCUCUAUUUCCACAGCACUUUCCGAUUUCUACCUCGUUAACAGCAACUACAGAACAAGAGUCUCAGUCUCUGUGAGAGACUCCUAUGGAGAACCUCUCCUAGCUCUGGCUGCUGCUGUAGAUCUCCUUCAAAAUACAGAAGCUAAAGCAAUUAUUGGUGGGCAGUCACUUCUCGAUGCAAAGUUCUUGGCAGAGAUAGGGGAGAAAGCUAAAGUUCCUGUGAUUUCUCUUCAUGUGAGCUCCACAUCCUUAAACAAGUAUAGGUACUUUAUUCAGGUCACUCAUGAUCCCCUCUCGGAAGCAAAGGGCAUAACAGCCUUCGUUCAUAGAUUUGGUUGGAGAACAGUCGUUGUCAUUUACGAGGAUGAUGAUGACUGGAAAGAUAGUAUGCAACUAUUGCUGGAGCAUUUCCAAGAGAAUGAUAUCCGUGUUGUAAACAAGGGUGCUUUUGCAGUCUCAUCUAGCGAAGAUUAUAUCAUGGAACAACUUAAAAUGUUCAAGGCCUCAGGAACAACAGUCUUCAUUGUACACUUGUCUGACCGACUUGUCUCUAAUAUCUUUCAAUGCGCAAGGAGAAACGGAAUGAUGGAAGAAGGAUAUGCCUGGAUCCUCACUGCAAAAACCAUGAAUCAUUUGCAUCUUAUGGAUAAUUUUGCAAAGGAAUCGAUGGAAGGAGUAGUUGGUUUCAGGUCCUACAUGUCAGCAUCAAAUGAGCUUCGGAAUUUCACCUCACGGUGGAAAAAGUCAUUGCCCAUUGAAGAUGAGAUGGAAAUAAAGGAGCUGAGUCUCUUCGGUGUAUGGGCACGUGAUAUUGCUUGGAUACUAGCAAGAGUGGUAGAGAUGGUAGGGCUGCCAGGUUCGCCGACCCAUGAUCACGUUUCUAAGGUUAUGGAUCCUGCCGAGCCAAGAACAUCUUCUACUGCAUCAGCUCUUCUCGAGGCAAUUUUGCAGAGCAGACUUGAGGGUUUGAGUGGUGACGUCCAAUUCAUUGAUAGUAAGUUUUUCUUAGACAAAUUUGAAAUAGUGAAUAUCAUAGGAACGGGUGAGAGGAGGACAGGAUUCUGGACAUCUGGAAUGUUCAAAAACAGAAGACAUUUGUCAUCUACCAAUGAGCUCGAGAACAUUAUCUGGCCCGGUGGUUCUGCUGCAAUUCCUGGGGGUCGUUCUCUGACAAAGCGUGGUAAAAAGAAGCUCAGGGUUCUGGUUACUUCCAGCAACAGAUUCCCAGAAUUAGUGGAAGUGUAUAAUGAUACUUCAACUAACACAGUAACUCCGAAAGGAUUCUGUAUUGAAGUUUUCGAGACCUCAAUUGGCCCUUACAACUACGAGCCAGAGUACGAACUCUGGACUGGUGGACCUAACUACGAUAAUCUUGCUCAUCUUCUCCAUAGCCAGAAAGACAAAUACGAUGCAGCUGUUGGGGAUAUCACAAUUACUGAUAACAGAUCUUUGUAUGUCGACUUCACAAUACCGUUCACUGAGAUGGGUCUUGGAGCCGUUGCUGCAAAGGACAAUUGCAUGUGGAUUUUCUUGAAGCCUCUCACUCGAGAGCUCUGGCUGACAACAGGAGCGUUCUUCUUCUUGACAGGGGCUAUAGUUUGGUUGAUAGAAGGGCCUGAUAAUGAUGAGUUCCAGGGCUCCUGGUUUCAGCAGAUUGGAACAAUGCUCUGGUUUGGCUUCUCUACCAUUGUCUUUGCUCACCGGGAGAGGCUGCGACAUAACUUGUCGAGAUUCGUGGUCAUAGUUUGGCUCUUUGCAGUGCUUAUAUUGACUUCGAAUUACACAGCAACCUUGACAUCAGUGAUGACGCUCCAACGGAUACGACUCAGAUCAAAUCAGAACUACAUCGGCUUCCUAUCUGGCUCGUCAAUCGCACAGUUUGUUCUGAACAAAUCUACCUUCAAUGAAUCAACUAAUUUAUUGAAAGCCAAGGGUCUCAAUACGUCUGCUGAUUAUGAGAAAGCUUUACAGAAUGGGACUGUCUUAUAUGUUAUUGAUGAGCUCCCGUACAUCAAGGUCCUCCUCGGAAGCAAUUCCAGAGACCUCUACAUUGUCAAAACUGAAACCAUCACCAACGGCUUCGGGUUUAUGUUCCAGAAGGGCUCCUCUUUGGCUCAGAACGUGUCCCGAGAAAUCGCAAAGCUAAGGAGGACAGAAAAGCUGAAAGAGAUAGAGAGAUAUUGGUUCCACAAACAACCGCCCCUUAUAACCGACGAGGCAUACGAUCCUCUCACCGUUCACAAGUUCCGAGGUCUGUUCAUGAUCACGGGAGUUGCUUUCGCCUCAUCCCUCGCCACACUUGUCGUUCUCCGGCUUCAAGAGAGAUUGAAACGUAAGCUGAAAUUUCUCUACAUCUAUGUUACCCAUAAGCUGAGGUUCCUCGGAAUUCUCCUGGCGGCGCGAGCUGUUCAUCGUAGGCCUCCCGCCAUUGCUAAUACACCGAGCAGGGAGAAUGAUAAUUCUGUCCAGAUGGUUCAUCAAGUAGCUUCUGUUUGAGUGUGACCAGAAGAAGAAGCGGAGACUGACCAGUUUCGUCAGAAAGACGGCUCAAAUCGCACCAUCGCAGGCUCUAUCUUUGACCAUUCAAAAUGAUUGUGCGGAAGAUAAUAAAUCAGGGGCGGGCCCACUUCGUCAUAAUUUGAGUCACCCGCCACAUUGAUAAUUUAUGAAUUCAAUUUAAAGUCUCGAUAUUAAAACCAAGCUGCAUCUUAAAAUAAAUAAUUUAUAGAUAUUAUUGAUUUAACAAG